UCGUUCCAGAUUACAGUUAUCGCCGCCUGCAUCUUUGGAUUCGCCCAAGCUGGCGCUCUAGCUGGUUACGGCGGACUUGGCUAUGGCGCUGGGCUUGGCUACGGCGCUGGGCUCGGCUACGGCGGCUACGGUGGCUACGGAGCCUAUGCUGGCUACGCCCCGGCUACUUCAUACGUGCACCGCGUUGACUACAACACUGACCACCACGACACUGACCACCACGGCUACGGUGGUUACGGAGCUGGCUACGGCGGCUACGGUGCUGGCUACGGCGGCUAUGGUGCUGGCUACGGCGGCUACGGUGCUGGCUACGGCUAUGGCGGUUACGGUGGUUACGGAAACGGUCUCUAUGGCGGUUACGGCGGAUGGUAAUACAAAAAAACCAGAUGA